AUGCCUUCCGUCAAAAACCCCAACGGCCCCUCCAAGAACCGCCUCGCCGCCCGCGCGGCCAAGGCCCGCAAGGUGUCGCAGAAGCGCUCCGCCGAGGGCAAGCACAAGAUUGCCAAGAUUGACGUGCAGCGCGGCGCGCGUCCGGGCCUCCUGCCAAACAGCGGACCCAACGCGAGAGUCAGCUCGAAAAAGGCGCGCAAGCUGCAGAAGCAGAUGGGCCACGCGCUGCGGCGCAAGAUGGCGGCCGAAGGCGAGGCCGUCAUGACUGACGCCCCAGAGGACGAGGCCGCAAAGGAUGUGCGUCAAGGGCCGGACGAGACGGAAAUGGAUGGCAUUCAGUAA